UCAUUCGCUGGAAUCUGUGGAGGAGGGGCAUCAAUACGAUUACCACGUCAAAUGAGUAGCAACAUUUUUUUUCUUUCUAAGCUGCUAUUCUGAUGCAAUAUUUAUAGUAAAACCAUGAUUCUGCAAACUCUGCGACCGGCUGUGUUAUUUAUUCGUAGCAGGAGCGCAUUAACGAGACUUUACCACGCGGAUAAAGUUGCAACGCUAGGCUCCCAACCCGACGUACAGUCGCCGGUUUAUCGGGAAAACUAUGAACGUAUGCAAGCACUAGUCAAGGAGCUGAAAAACAGAGCGGAUAGGAUAAAGCUCGGCGGAGGAGAGAAGGCGAGGACACUACACACAUCCAGAGGGAAGCUUUUGCCUCGGGAACGUAUUGAUCGGCUAUUAGAUCCAGGCUCUCCCUUUUUGGAGUUCUCCCAGUUUGCUGCUUAUGAACUGUAUGGUAAUGAAGAGGUUCCUGCUGGAGGCAUCAUAACUGGCAUUGGCAGGGUGUCUGGGGUGGAAUGUGUCAUCGUUGCAAACGAUGCCACUGUCAAAGGGGGCACUUAUUAUCCUGCUACUGUAAAGAAGCACCUGCGUGCUCAAGAGAUUGCACAGCAGAACCAUUUGCCAUGCAUAUACCUGGUGGACUCUGGAGGGGCCAACCUGCCCAGGCAGGCUAAUGUGUUCCCUGAUAGAGAUCACUUUGGUCGUAUCUUCUUCAACCAGGCACGUCUGUCAUCAGAGGGCAUUGCACAGAUCGCUGUAGUGAUGGGCUCUUGUACAGCAGGGGGCGCCUAUGUGCCUGCUAUGGCUGAUGAGAGUAUAAUUGUGCGCAAACAAGGGACCAUUUUUCUUGGUGGACCCCCACUGGUAAAAGCUGCCACAGGUGAGGAGGUGUCUGCUGAAGACCUUGGUGGUGCUGACCUUCACUGCAGAAAGUCUGGGGUAACUGAUCACUAUGCUUUAGAUGACGAUCAUGCUCUUCACCUGGCAAGAAAAGCUGUGCGGAAUCUGAACUACACUAAGAAAUUAAAUGUUACUGUGGAACCUCCAGAGGCCCCUUUGUUUCCAGGAGAUGAGCUGUAUGGCAUUGUGGGAGACAACUUGAAAAGAACUUUUGACAUAAAAGAGGUAAUUGCCCGUAUUGUUGAUGGUAGUAAGUUUGAUGAAUUCAAGGCUUUCUACGGGGACACACUGGUAACAGGUUUCUCACGGAUAUUUGGCUACCCAGUCGGAAUCAUUGGCAAUAAUGGAGUCCUCUUUUCAGAAUCAGCAAAGAAAGGAACUCAUUUUAUUGAGCUGUGUUGUCAAAGAAACAUCCCAUUGAUCUUCCUUCAAAACAUCACAGGGUUCAUGGUGGGGAGAGAGUACGAGGCCGGGGGUAUCGCUAAAGACGGGGCGAAGAUGGUGACAGCUGUGGCCUGUGCCAAUGUGCCCAAGAUCACUGUAAUCCUCGGAGGAUCCUAUGGGGCUGGGAACUAUGGCAUGUGUGGCAGGGCAUACAGUCCCCGAUUCCUUUACAUGUGGCCUAACUCGCGUAUCUCUGUGAUGGGAGGAGAACAAGCAGCAAAUGUGCUGGCCACUAUUACAAAAGACCAGAAGGCCAGGGAAGGGAAAGAGUUCACAGCAGAACAGGAAGCAGCUAUGAAGGAGCCCAUUAUUAGACGGUUUGAGGAGGAGGGAAGCCCGUAUUACUCCAGUGCCAGGUUAUGGGAUGAUGGAAUUAUCGAUCCUGCUGACACACGCCUUGUCCUGGGUCUCAGCCUGAGCGCUGCUCUCAACGCCCCUACCCAGAAGACUCAAUUUGGGGUCUUCAGAAUGUGAUCCUACAUAGUACCAUUCUGCCAGUUCUUGGGAAUUACAUUUUUGGGGGGGGACAAGGGAGAUGGAUGGAAUAGCAAUCUCUUACCUUAUAAAAAGUUACAAGUUUUGUCUUUGUACCUGUUUUGUCAAGCUGUGAAAUGAUUUAAAGUAUUAGUUUCAUAAGUGUUAGGUUUUUGAGCAUUAUGGAAAUCAGUUUAAAUGGUGAAUCUGUUUUGAUUAACCAACUGCACCAUUUACACCAUUAAAGAAUGUCCACAUGUUCUGUAGACAACAUUCGCGUCCUUCAGUAUAAUUACAUCAGAACACAUUUCUUGAUUUUAUCUAAAUAAUUCAGGCUUUGACUUGGUAAAAUGGGCUGUUCAGUAAUUACAUUUUUCUUUCCUGACACAGUAAGACUUUAAUUUUGUCAUACCUGGUAUUUAAAAUAGCUGCACUAAUAUAAGGAAAACCCUCUUUUUAAUGUUUCUUGGAUUAAUUUAGUCUAGUAUUGGACUAAAGUCAUAGGUCUGCUAAGUGAGCUACUUUAUCAGAUUCUCUGUUUUAAGAAUGGAUCCUUGGAUUUAGUUUAACUACCAAACUCAAUGUUCCCAGACCUAAAAAUAAAAGCAAGUAACACCUUG